AUGCUUUUUUUUUUGUUUGUUUGCUUUAAAUUGCUGUCUAUAUUACAAUCUCUUUCUGUUUUUUUUGAUGAUAGUUUGUUAAUCAUGUCUGAUGAAAUCAAUGAAACUUGUAAACCACAAGCAUGUGCUAUACAAAAUUGUUUAAUGAAGAAUGGAUAUAAUGAAUCCAAAUGUUCCUAUUAUAUUGAUGAAUUAUAUAAAUGUUGUAAAAAAUUCUAUGAAUCAAAUGGUUCUUCAGCUUCAAGUGUUUGCUGUCCCAAAUUUAAUUUAUUACAAUUGAAACUAAAACAAAGAGAAUUGGGUCAAAUAGAUGCUAACCUAAUAGAUACCAAACAUGGUUAA